GUCAGUCAACCGCAAGAGAAUGUUAUUCGUGAUAUUGGCUUAGCUUAAUGUUACUCUUUUAAAACGUGACAUUGUGUUCAAAGUCACAAGCACUCGGUUUGGUUUAGUGCAGCGCUUCUCUGAUACCUGAGCCAUGAGAGUGAAGGUUAUUUCCAUCUUGGAGGACAACUACAUGUACUUAAUUAUAGAUGAACAAAGUAAAGAAGCCAUUGCGGUAGAUCCUGCAGUUCCUCACCGGCUGCUUGAGAUAGUGAAGAGAGAAGGUGUAAGACUCACAGCAGUGUUAACUACUCACCAUCACUGGGAUCAUGCACGGGGCAACGAGGCUCUGCUGAAGGACAUCCCUGAUCUACAAGUGUAUGGUGGAGAUGACCGCAUCACUGGACUGACCCAUAAAGUUACUCACGACCAGAAGCUCAAGUUUAAUGCUGUAAAUGUAAGGUGUCUGUUCACACCCUGCCAUACUUCUGGACACAUGUGCUACUUCCUGUGGGAAGACGACUGCCCUGAUUCUCCUGCAGUCUUCACUGGGGACACAUUGUUUGUGGGUGGUUGUGGAAAAUUCUUUGAGGGAACAGCAGAACAGAUGUACCACAACCUGACUGAGGUGCUGGGAACUUUACCUCAGGAUACAAAGGUUUUCUGUGGUCAUGAAUACACGAUAAAGAACCUGAAGUUUGCAAUGCUGGUGGAACCAGAGAACGAGAGGGUGAAGGAAAAGCUCAGUUGGGCUCGGGCGCGAGAUGAUGACGAUAAACCGACAGUGCCGUCAACGUUACUGGAGGAAUUUGAAUACAACCCGUUCCUCCGUCUCUCUGAGGAGGAGGUGCAGAAGUUCACAGGGAAGUCCGACCCUAUCGAGGUUCUACGUGUGCUCCGGAAAGAGAAGGACAACUUUAAGAAGCCCAAAGAGCGCAUUCCACCACACGCCAUGCUAGCUCUGCAGUGGGGACUGCUUAGACCGAAGCUCACUUAAACAAAGCACUGGACUGCUGUGAAGCACACUGACCUCAGUGAAGUGAUGCCGUUAUCUAAAAACAUGAUUAUAAGUUUAACCUUCCGGUUAUGUUGCACGUAAUAACAAAAAUUAGAAUCCGCAUGUCUGCAUCUUUUAACACUGAGGAGGCAUUAAUAAUCCUGAUACUUGUUGACACAUAUUUGCACUAAUUGACCAAAUGAAAUUGUAAAUAAUACAGAAAUAAUGACAUCAUUUUGCGUUUUAACUACAAAAUGGAUGCUUAAUUUCUGUGGAUUUAACAGUCAAUAAAGCUACAAGUAAGCAUAAUUU